CGGGGCCCGGCCGGGCUAUGGUAGCGCGCGGGCUUUGGCGCGGUAGCGGAAUCGGGAGCGGGUGACUCAGAGCCAGCAGCAGCACCAUGGCGAGCUCAGCACAGGGCCUGCCCAGCGCCGAGCUCUGGGCCUCCCAUAACAAGAUGGUGAUGGAGCCGCUGGACACCAACGACCCCGAGGUGCACAGCAUCAUCAAGAAGGAGAAGCAGCGGCAGAGGUUGGGGCUGGAGUUAAUUGCAUCGGAGAACUUUGCAAGCCGAGCAGUCCUGGAGGCCCUGGGAUCCUGCAUGAACAACAAAUACUCUGAGGGUUACCCAGGACAGAGGUACUACGGUGGGACGGAGUUUGUGGACGAGCUGGAGAGGCUGUGCCAGAAGCGAGCCCUGCAGGCUUACCGGCUCGACCCCCAGAAGUGGGGAGUCAAUGUCCAGCCCUACUCAGGGUCACCUGCAAACUUUGCAGUGUACACGGCCCUGGUGGAGCCCCAUGGCAGGAUCAUGGGGCUGGACCUGCCCGAUGGUGGCCACCUCACCCACGGCUUCAUGACAGACAAGAAGAAGAUCUCUGCCACCUCUGUCUUCUUUGAGUCCAUGCCCUACAAGGUCAACCCCAAGACCGGUUACAUCGACUAUGACAAGCUGGAGGAGAACGCCCGGCUCUUCCACCCCAAGCUGAUCAUAGCAGGUGUCAGCUGCUACUCGCGGAACCUGGACUACGCGCGCAUGCGGAAGAUCGCGGAUGACAACGGGGCGUUCCUGAUGGCAGACAUGGCGCACAUCAGCGGGCUGGUGGCUGCCGGCGUGGUGCCCUCGCCCUUCGAGCACUGCGACAUCGUCUCCACCACCACCCACAAGACCCUGCGGGGCUGCAGGGCCGGAAUGAUCUUCUACCGCAAAGGCACCCGCAGCGUGGACCCCAAGACAGGCAAGGAGACCCUCUACAACCUGGAGAGCCUCAUCAACCAGGCAGUGUUCCCAGGGCUGCAGGGAGGCCCACACAACCACGCCAUUGCAGGGAUUGCCGUGGCACUGCAUCAGGCCAUGACACCCGAGUUCAAGGCUUACCAGCAGCAGGUGGUGGCCAACUGCAAGGCACUCUCAUCAGCACUGAUGGAGAUGGGCUACGACAUUGUCACAGGGGGCUCUGACAAUCACCUGAUCCUGGUGGACCUGCGCAGCAAAGGCACAGAUGGAGGCCGGGCCGAGCGGGUGCUGGAGCUCUGCUCCAUUGCCUGCAACAAGAACACGUGCCCUGGUGAUGUCAGUGCCCUGCGGCCCAGCGGCCUCCGCUUUGGGACACCAGCUCUGACCUCGCGCGGCUUCCGGCAGGACGAUUUCCGCAAGGUGGCCCAGUACAUCCACAAAGGGAUUGAGCUGGCUCUGCGUGUGCAGAAGGACAUGAGCCCCAAGGCCACGCUGAAGGAAUUCAAGGACAAGUUGGAGGACCCAAAAUACCGUGGGGAGCUGAAGGCACUGAAGGAAGAGGUGGAAGCCUUUGCAGCCACAUUCCCGCUGCCAGGGUUGCCUGUCCUGUAAGGGGACACAGCCAUGGCCGCUCCUGGAGCCACAGGAGCACCCAGGAUCAUGGCUCACCCCCAAUCCCCAGCCUGACACCAACACCCCAGUGCCUUCUCCCAGCCCUUCCCUGUGGAGCUGCAGCAGCAGCUCCUCCUUUGUCUCUUACUCCCCUUUCCCCUCCCAUGUGGGGCACAGGGACCCCAUGAGUACAACCCCUAUGGGGACACCAGCCCUGCACCACAGUGUCACCGAGCACCAGGUCACCCUCACUCACCCCAUGGUGCCAUCCAGCUCCUGCUGGCUGUGGAGCAGCAGAUGAGAUGUAGGCUGGUCUGUCCGCAUUCCCUGGACACCCUGCCCAUGGCAGUGUGAGGGACAGGGGCUCCAGCUGCACAGGAACCUCACAGCCACUAAAAGUCCCCUGGUUUCAGCCUCGAGGAUUCCCCUUCAUCCUGUGUGCCUUGCCACCUCCACAGGCUACGACAGGGCCAAGCCUUGUCCUGAACAUCCCUCCUGGGAUCACCAUCCAUCCUAACCAGGUCCUCCAGUAUUUUCUCAGACCCCUUGGCACAAAGCUUAGGUUGAACCAUUUUUUAAUAAGCACGGUAAAAUUAAGAAUUGAACCACAACAAAUGACAAGAAUUAUAAGCUUUAAAAAAUACGACCAAUUUUUUUUUUUUUUUUUUUUUUUUUUUUUUUUUUGUAUUUCAAAAAUAUCUGAACCCAAAUAAAUAUUUUUUUUUAAAAGUACAUUUCUCAGACUAGUCAUUUGGUGUUAACAUCAGUUAAACUCUUGUGCAGUGACACUUACAGCACGACACUAAGACAUGCUUGGGUUUCUCCCGGUCACACUCGCCCUAACUACUGACGCAAGCAUUCGGCACGCACAGGCACACACACGGAACUCAACAUGCAGGAAUAGGAUACAGUGCUUUUAAAAUAAGAUGAGAAUUCAUCACAGCCUCCUGGCAGCCUUCAGAGGCAGCUCCAAGCCCAGCCCCAUCCCCGUGGCAGCAGCCGUGCUGCCGGCAGGACCGGGUACCCUGCUGCUGCCUUCCAGUGAAAUCCGUCCCAGGGAGCAGGGGCUGGGUGUUUGUGACCCCUCCAAUGCUGGGGUGCAGUUUGGUGCUCUGACAUUGUGCUCUGGGGCAGGGGUUCUCCUGCAGCCUGGGCAGCUCCCUGAAUUCCCUCAGACCCUGUUACAGGAGCCUCCUCACUGUGCUGCUGCAAGCCCUGGGUCCUGCCCAGCUCCUGAAUCUGCAGGGUGGGCUGGCUCCCACCACCAGACCAGGGGCUCAGGACCCUCACACUCAAUAAAACCCAAAGAAUGGGCCUGGGGGCACAGAGCCAUCAGCUCCCACCCUGCAGUGCCUCCCCACCCUCCCACCACGGUGAAUAUUGCUAGAGUAUAGGCAGCUCUGUGGAGCUGCUCAGAAGUGAUUGCUAUCAGAUGAGAGGAAAUCUGAGCACUGUUCUCUGAGAAAUGGAACCUUUGUAGGGUUAAGAUCACCUACAGCUAUGGCUGAGCCUCCUGGGCUGGGGGCUGGAAGCAGGGGGGGUUAGUGGGGAGCAGAGCAGGGGCUGGCAGCUGGGAAGAGCAGGAGUGGGGAACGGGAGCCCUCCCUCCCGGCCGGGAGAGGCUUCUGCUCUGAUGAAUUCUCAUCAGUGAACACCUCCCCUCCCUGGCAGCCGGGGGAGCCAGCGGGGCCAUGUGGGAGGGAGUGGGGACAUGCUGGGUGGCAGCACUCACAGAAGCAGGGGACACAGCCAUGCAGGGCACCGCUGGCUCUGGCAGCUGGUGAGGGUGGCACUGCCACUGCCAGAACCCCCCUGCUCCUCGGGGAAGGAUGGCUCAGGCAAGACAUAACACACACAUCCUGGCAGGAGCUGUCAGUGCAAAGGCUGUGGUUUGUUGUUAGUCUGUGAGUAUCAGAAACUGGUGAGGUGCCACACCAGAGAUGGGGGAAGUCCUAAAGUGCCAAUACAGGAUCUGCACUGUACAGCAGCAGAACAGAGACAGAGAAAUUACAGAGGAAAGAGGAACUCAGCUCCCAGACACCAGCUGCCCUCAGAAUCCCCCCAGUUUCUGCCACCACAAGCAGAGAGGGCUCCAAACGCCCAGAGGUGCCACAAUCUGGUGUCAACUCCCCUUUUCCAGUCCAAGUUCAGAGGUUACACUGCUGAGAGGAGCACAAGCACUCCAGGGCGUGUUUCUCCACAGCUCCCAGUUGCAGAUAAUCCCAGAGCUCCUGUUGGGAGUCAGAGAUGUUCCAGCCCCCGGGGCAACCUCCCCAGUCAGAGCUGCUUGGU